AUGAGCGCCAACGUUCAUGUACCGACGCCACCGAAACGGGUGAAGGUGUAUGAGCAGAUUAAGGACGAGUGGACAGACAAAGGCACUGGGUAUUGUUCGGGUGAAAUCACGCCGGACUCCAACGAACCUUACAUCAUUGUGCGCAGUGAAGAAAACCGCCACGAAAUCUUGCUCAAAGAGCAUAUACGCGGCGAGAUCCAGUUCCAAAAACAACAGGAUUCACUUAUUGUCUGGAGCAACGGCUCCAACACGGAGCUGGCUCUCAGUUUUCAGGAAGCCGAUGGAUGUAUGAAGAUUCUUGAUUUCCUUGUUUUUGUUCAAAAGACUUUGGCGCAACACAUUUCAAUCACCAUUAUCACAAACACCGACGACGGUGAGAUCUCGGAGCUCAUCGCUGGCCCUGUUUUUUUCCCCCCGGACCCAUGUGUGGGUAAUCUUGCUGAUGUUCACACCGCGAUUGUGCACCUCGUGUCCUUUCAAUUCUCACGUGAGCCCCUCUGCGCGUUUCUCACAGGUACUGACUAUCUCAAAAAACUUGCACUUGUUUUUGACCAGGCUGAAGCAGCACGUAACCUCGAUGAGCUUCACAAGCUUUGCUAUAUCAUCAAGCUCUUGUUUGGCCUCAACGACUGCAAAAUUGUUGAGCGUCUUAUUGAAGAUGGGGUUGUGAUCGGUACCAUUGGCGCUCUUGAGUACGACCCUGCGUUCCCUAUAUAUAAGGCAAACCAUCGCCAGUACUUUGACCCAAAGGAGAUUUUCCGUGAAGUUAUCCCCAUCAAUGAUCCAGAUGUGCGUAUCAAAAUCAAGCAAACUUAUCGCUUGCAUUUCCUUAAAGACGUGCUGGCGCGCCUAUUUGAGGAAUCCACAAUCUCAAUGAUCACCUCUAUGAUUUACUUUAACCAAAUGUCCGUUGUAAUUGCCCUACAAAAUAGUGACUACUUUCAACGACUCUUUGAAAUCUACCAAGGCCCUUCAUCCAAAUCCAAGGUUGAACAGCGCCGUGAGGGUGUUCGUUUUAUCCACAGCAUGUUUUUUGUCACCAAGGGAUUCCAGCCCCACCAAAAAAAACUUACCUUUAGUAUUCUAGUCGAAAAGGGUAUGUUUCCACAAAUUGAGUUUGCCGUAGCAGAUUCGGAUCGGUCCAUACGAAUGCUUGGGACUGAACUGCUAACUGCUAUGAUUGAACUCGACCCAAUACUGCUACGGUCCUACGCCAAGUCACAGACGGAAAAUAAUACCAAUCCAGAUAACCAAUUCACGUUAAUGGAUACCCUGGUGGACCAAUUCAUCAACGACUCCGAUAUAGGCCUCAAAUUCCAAACUCUCGAGUGUCUCAAAUGUAUGCUCGACAAUCCUUUAUGCAACCCUGCUAUAUUGGGUAGUUACGAUGACAACUUUUUAACUCGCAGAAUACCGGAAAAUACAACUAACCUCUUGAUAACCAAAUUUUAUGAACGAUGCGGCAAAAAGAUUUUUUCAGUAUUAAAGGCUAGAGCAAUAGACCAAAAUGCUACAACUAAAACAACCACCACUGCUACCAAUGGGCUGGCCCCGCCGGCGCAGCGGACACUCUAUGAACAUGUGUGCGACUUGGUUUCGUUUUGCAUCCGGAUGCACGGCGAUAAAUGUUGGGUCUGCAGUGUUGAAGAAGGUGCGUGGCCUGGGAUUGCUGCGCUAAUCCGAGGACAUGGUUCACACACGGUACAGAUCGCCGCUCUGCGGACGCUGCGACAAACUUUGGCUGUUAAAUACCAGGCAUAUGGCCCCGAGUUGAUUCGGAGUGGGUGCAUCGACGCAAUCAUUGAUGUGUUAUUAAAAAUGGGUAAUAGAAACAACCUGGUUAAUAGUGUUUGCUUGGAGCUAUUAAACACAAUUAAAAAUUUGGAUAUAUAUCUGAAUGCUCCGCAGAUUUCUUUUGACCCUAACAGUGUAGGUGCAUACCUGGUAAAAACGCGAAGAAACGAUCUACGUGAGAAACUGGCGUUUGCUGGAACGGCACAGCAAUUAGUAGAGACGGUCGAUGUGUUGGAAGAGGCAGCAAUAGCAGCUGCAAAUGGAUCGGUACCCGAAGAAGUCGCAGAAGCGGCAGCAGCUGCUACGGAGAUUGCAGCAAGAGAAGCAACAGUAGCUGCAGCAAUAGUAGCAGCAGCAGCAAUGGAAGAAGCAGCUGCAGUAAAAGCGAUGGAAAAUGCGGCAUCAGCAGCGGCGGCGGCGGCAUCUGCAGCAGCAGCAGCAAUAACGACCACGGCACCAACUAUAGUGAUAGCUUCACCAAGUCCCACAAGUCCCACAAGCCCAACCCCACCGGUAUCUGUUUCGUCGAGUGACUACUGUAGUGAAAACAAUAUAUUUACAACGGCAGAGGCGAUUGCUUCUGCAGCUGCGACUGCAGUUGCGUCAGGAACUGGGGAACAGCCGCCACGGUUCCAACCGGGGCAAAACUUAGGUACCCAGCAUCCGGAAUACUUUGCUAUAGCAGCAACAGGCGAGUUUAAGCCCAGUCUUGUUCCUUACGGAGAUGAUGACGAAGAUGAAGAUGAAGAUGAAGAGGAUGAUGAAGAUGAAGAAAAUGAAGAGGAGACUGAAGAACAAGAAGAACAAACUCCACGGGUAAUUCAUAAUAGUGAGCAAUUUGGGUCCCGAUCCAAGGUACAAAAGUCUCCACUCAAGAGAAAAGAAUGCGACACACCACCUGAGCCUCGGAAAACAAUCCAAGAGGACGAGCCUAGUAUAGAGUGUAGUUUGUGA